AUGCGCACUGAGGGAACAAAUCAGCAACCGCUGACGCUGGGACCAGAGCAAAUAAAGCGUGUCCAGCAAUUCACGUAUCUUGGCAGUGUUGUGUCCAAUGCUGGAGGUACCGAAGAGGACAUCACUUCGAGAAUCGCCAAAGCUAGGGCAACCUUCGCGCAGCUACGUCCCAUAUGGCAGUCGGAAGUGCUAACACGUGGAGUGAAAUUUAAAAUAUUUCGCUCCAACGUUAAGAGUGUCCUCUUAUAUGGGAGUGAAACGUGGAGAGUCACCAAAGAUAUCUCGCAGAAGAUUCAGGUCUUUGUCAACCGCUGCCUCCGACAAAUUCUGAGAAUUCACUGGCCUGAAAAGAUCUCCAAUGACCAACUAUUUGAACGCUGCCACGAGACACCGAUUUUCCUCCAAAUCUUACGCCGUAAAUGGACAUGGAUUGGUGACACUCUUAGAAGGGACACCUUACAUAUAUCCAGGCAAGCCCUGGAGUGGACUCCGCAAGGAAAAAGAAAGCGUGGCCGUCCUAGACAAUCCUGGCGUCGUUCCGUGGCAGCGGAGGCUAGGGCGAUUGGUUUGACGUGGCCGGAGCUGAAGAGCGUAGCCCAAGACCGAACGCGAUGGCGGCGCACUGUGGACGCCCUCUGCCCCACAUAG